GUGAAAGAAGUCAUUGGAAUACACAAACAAGCGCCGAUAAUACCUCUAGGAAUGUUCUGGAUCGGUUUCUAAAACUUGAUCGUGUAACCGACCCUGCGCAUCUUGAGUGAUAGAGUUUCUCAUGUGAUAUUGGGGCGCAUUGGGUACCUGCGGAUCACGCUUCAUACCCUGCUCGUGGGUAUGGUGAGCGGCUGCUGUCGAGAUGAUCGUUUGUACUGGAUGAUGAGACGUCCAUCUGGAGUCCAUGCAUGUUUCUGGUCAAAGACUGAUCCAGACCAGAGAGUAGCAUCACCUUGGGUCUCCCUGGGUGCUAACUUGCACAAAAAUGAAUACCUGCCUGAGAGUUCCCAUGCCAUUCAGGUGGAGAACUCACUUUGUUUGUUCGGUACGUAGACGAGUAGGAGACCGAAUAAAGUCGCAGUUGGGCAGAUGUUUGUCUCGCAUCGGUCCCGUCCGGGGGUCAUUGCGUCCGGUUACGGGUCCCGGAUGACACAUCAACCCAAGGAUCACCACGAUGAGACUGUGUGGCGCAUCCACCAUUUAUGAAACAGUUCCAUCAACCAGUUCCAUUGACCGGGCGGGCGGGAGACUGACACUCGGCGGCAGGAUGGCGGACCUUGUCGGCUGUCGUGUUAAUUGGUGGGAGAGGUCGCACACGACGUUCGUGGCGUUCACGGACCCAAGGCAAGUGAGGUUGGGCAAUCACGGCAGUUGACGAUGGCUUCAGCUGGCGCCUGGCGGGUUCGGUGUGUUUCUGAUUCGGAUAUUCUCUUUGCUCAUUCAAGCCAUUGGCGUUCGCUGGAAAAUGAGGGGAUGUUGACGUUAGUCUUCAGAAGCAGAACCAUCAGCCCGAAAGGAGGCUGAAGAAUUGUACGUACAGAUAAAAGAUCCGUGCCGGGAGCGCGGGCAUGGCGGACAGUGGCAGACGUCGGGAACGACGUUCAUUGCAUUCCCGUUACCCCGGCCGUUGCAGAUGGAGCAAGGAAGAUGGCAAGCAACACAUUCUGCCGGGGACCCACCCGGAGUUGACUCCCGAAGUGACGGGGAACAAGACCCACCCGGCCCGAGAUCCGACGCCAGGUGGGACCGUAUGCGGAGAUGAGAGGGAUCGACGCCUUGUGGACCGGUCUAACCCCGAUCAACUCCAGAGCUCCAUUGACAGGGACAACGUCAACACAACUUGUUCUAUAAUCUUCCAAAAAUCAACUGUAUUUAGAGGCCGGAAUUCCAACCGAGCCAGUCAGAUUGUUGAAGGCCUGGUGAUGGACGUUUGGAAGCCCGAAAGUGGUCUGAAUAGGUUGAUGGGUGUCCGAUGCCGCUGA